AUGAACAACCACAGUCACAAUGGCUGCGGGGGGCGGCCGCUGGGAGGCGGACUGGGGGCCCUGACCCGAGACCCUCCGGACGCCGAGGCCAGCUGCCCCCUGCAGCCCCCACACAGUCCGGGCCUCCAGGUCGUGGUGGCCAAGAAUGAGCUUGGCGGGCCCUCACCCGGCAGCCCCCGCGGGCAUUCCCAGGACCAGGAGGAGGAGGAGGACGAGGAGGAGGAUGAGGUGGGGGGGCAGCGGGGCUCCCGGAGGCCCCCCAACGUGGGCCACCGCCUGGGCCACCGGCGGGUGCUCUUCGAGAAGCGGAAGCGCCUCAGCGACUACGCCCUCAUCUUUGGCAUGUUUGGCAUCGUUGUCAUGGUGACAGAGACGGAGCUGUCCUGGGGGGUCUACACUAAGGAGUCCCUGUACUCAUUUGCACUCAAAUGCCUCAUCAGCCUCUCCACAGUCAUCCUGCUGGGUCUGGUUAUCCUCUACCAUGCCCGGGAAAUCCAGCUGUUCAUGGUGGACAACGGGGCGGACGACUGGCGCAUCGCCAUGACGUGCGAGCGCGUGCUGCUCAUCUCGCUGGAGCUGGCCGUGUGCGCCAUCCACCCGGUGCCCGGCCACUACCGCUUCACCUGGACGGCGCGCCUGGCCUUCACCUACGCGCCCGCGGCGGCCGAGGCCGACGUGGACGUGCUGCUGUCCGUGCCCAUGUUCCUGCGCCUCUACCUGCUGGGCCGCGUCAUGCUGCUGCACAGCAAGAUCUUCACGGACGCGUCCUCCCGCAGCAUCGGCGCCCUCAACAAGAUCACCUUCAACACGCGCUUCGUCAUGAAGACGCUCAUGACCAUCUGCCCCGGCACCGUGCUGCUCGUCUUCAGCAUCUCCUCCUGGAUCAUCGCCGCCUGGACCGUGCGCGUCUGCGAGAGGUACCACGACAAACAGGAAGUGACCAGCAACUUCCUGGGGGCCAUGUGGCUCAUCUCCAUCACCUUCCUCUCCAUUGGCUACGGAGACAUGGUGCCACACACCUACUGCGGGAAGGGCGUGUGCCUGCUCACCGGCAUCAUGGGGGCUGGCUGCACGGCGCUCGUGGUGGCUGUGGUGGCCCGGAAGCUGGAGCUCACCAAGGCAGAGAAGCACGUGCACAACUUCAUGAUGGACACACAGCUCACCAAGCGGGUGAAAAACGCCGCUGCGAACGUUCUCAGGGAGACGUGGCUCAUCUACAAACACACCAGGCUGGUGAGGAAGCCAGACUGCGCCCGGGUUCGGAAACACCAGCGUAAGUUCCUCCAAGCCAUCCAUCAGCUCCGGAGUGUGAAGAUCGAGCAGGGAAAGCUGAACGACCAGGCCAACUCACUCGCAGAGCUGGCCAAGACCCAGAAUGCCAUGUACGACCUCAUGUCCGAGCUGCACGCCCAGCACGAGGACCUGGAGGCCCGCCUGGCUGCCCUGGAAAGCCGCCUGGAUGCGCUGGGCACCUCCCUGCAGGCCUUGCCUGGCCUCAUCACCCAAGCCAUACACCCACUUCCCCCGCCCUUACCUCCCCAGCCUGGCGCCCCAGACCAGGCAGCCCAGAGCUCCCCAUGCCGGUGGCCACCCGUGGCCCCCUCAGACUGCGGGUGA